AUGGCCGAUAAAUUUGCUGAUGAAGUCAUGAAAGAAUCGUUAAAGCUUUUGAAACGAAAACGAAUUGAUACUCCCCCUAAUAAAUCUCCCACUGAUAAGCGAGCUACAAAACCAACUGGUAAGCGAGACGAGGACAUUAGUCGAAAACUAUUUGAGCAAUCAGAUGAUGAGCAGAGCAGCGACGACAAAGAAAUAAAAGAAGAGAAGAGAUAA